AAAAAAAUGUCAUCCUACACCGAAAUCCCAGUCCAAACACCACACCCACAUCCCCAAACAACAACAACACCCACACCAACACCCACAACAAGACUCACAACAAGACCCAGAAUAAAACAUCCCGGCACCCGCUAUUACGUCCACCGUGUUAAGGAAAGCCUCACAACCCGAGUAUCAAAAUUCCUCUGCUCUUGUUUCCUCGGCCUUCUUUUCAUCGUAGGCCUCAUUGCUUUCAUCCUCUGGCUAAGCCUCCGACCCCACCGCCCAAGAGUCCACGUUAACAGCUUCACCGUUACCGGCAUCGCACCAGAUAACGGAAUUCAAAAUUCCAUUAUCUCCUUCAAUGUUUCCAUUCGCAACCCUAACCAAAAUGUAGAUAUCUACUACGAUGAGGUUGACGGCACCGUUUACUUCCGUGAAGUAAAGAUCGUCACAGUCGUAUUGCUUUACCCCUUCUAUCAGCCCAAUAAGAACACAACAUUCGCUAAUGGGACCUUGUCUCUCGCAUCUUUGUCGGUCACCGAUAGUUGGCCCCAGAUCAUGGCGAACGGGACCGUUGAUUUCCGUUUGGAGCUGAUAUCAGCGAUCAGGUUCAAGGUGGCCAGUUGGAUGACUAGGAAGCAUCGAAUGCAUGCCGACUGCGCAGUAUUGGUUGGAUCCGACGGUCAGAUAUCGCCCACCUCGAAAAACAAGAGGUGUUCCCUUUAUUUCUACUAGGAUUUGAAGUUAU